UUUUCUCUUCCUUCCUUUCUCCGCUCUUGCCGAGAUCCGGAUCCAAGAUGGAGUCUCUGAAUAAAGCGGGGCAAGAGAUGAGCCUGGCGGCCUUAAAGCAGCACGAUCCCUACAUCACCAGCAUUGCCGACGUGACCGGCCAGGUGGCCCUUUAUCGCUUCAGUCCAAAGGCCAACGAAUGGGAGAAGACUGACAUAGAAGGUACCUUAUUUGUAUAUAAAAGGUCUGCUUCACCUUACCAUGGUUUUACAAUUGUAAAUCGAUUGAAUAUGCACAACUUGGUUGAGCCCGUAAACAAAGACUUGGAGUUUCAACUUCAUGAACCUUUUCUUCUAUAUAGAAAUGCCAACUUGUUAAUUUACAGUAUCUGGUUUUAUGACAAGAAUGACUGUCAUCGAAUAGCAAAACUCAUGUCUAAGGUGGUACAGGAAGAAACUCAGAGAUCCCAGCAACAAUUACAGGAUAGAAAAAAUGUCAAUCGGGUUAAUGGUUGCACAGAUAUCCUAGAGUUGCUUAGUAAAGCAAAGGUUGAAUAUGAACGGAAUCAGAAGAGUGACUUAAUUUCAGGGACCCAAGAAAGUGGAAAUCUCACAAAGCCUGAAAGUACAGAAGCAUCUGAAUAUGAAACACUGAUGUUACAAGUCCAAGAUCAUUCAUGUCAGUCCAUCCCUAAACAUCUAACAGUGGAAGAAUUAUUUGGAACUUCAUUACCAAAGGAAAACUCCACAGCUCCCAUUUCCAAUCCAGAGAGGAUAGAGAAAACUGAUACCUCAUGCAGAGAACACAAUUUGCUUUUACCCUUUUCAUUUGAACAAUCAACAGUAAUCCAUCAGCCUCUGGGGAAGCUAGACGCUCCAAGCCUCAAAAAUAACUCUGUGACUUUAUUACCACAGGAAUGUGUACCAUCUGUACUAACUUCAUCACCUUCAGUUUUACAACCUGAAGUAAAUAAAGUUUCAAACUAUAAUGUACAUUUAAGUCCUAUCCUUAAUUCGACUUUGGCAACAGAAGCACCUUGUGGUCCAAUGCUGCAGAAUAUCAAUGCAAAUAAUAAUGUAACGCAAGUCAUGCAGCAGACUACCAUGCAAAUACCUUCACUUAUGAAUCAGCCAUUGUGCGAUAUGAACCACAGUACACAAAAUGUAAGUUCUGGUCAAAACCAAUUCCUAACAUCAAUGACUUUGCCAAAUACAGGAGAUGCUUCAAACACAUCACUUCCCAGUGUAGAUCUUCUUCAAAAGCUCAGGUUGACACCACAACAUGAUCAAAUGCAGCAAUCUCUUAUUAAACCCCAAGUAGCACCAAAUGCUUCUUCUGCUAUUAGCCAACUGGCCACACCAGAUUGUUUCAAGGAAUCCCACAUCAAGCAACAGGCUUUGACUGGUAAAGUUAUUCAUACCUAUCAGGUUACACAGCAAAAUAAGGAGCCUGAAACAUUUCCAAAUCCUAAAGUGUUGUCAAAAGCAAACCAGAUUGCUUCUACACAGUUUGCUACCACAGCAACUACAAUUGCACCUUCUGUCCUCCUUUCACCUAGUGUGUUUGAACAGUCCACUAUGAAAUCCUCUGAAAUUGAAAACAAAGUUGGUUCACCUUCUGCUGUGACACUUGGUACAGAUGUUCAGACAUUACCUUCAACGGUACUCAGUAGAUCUCAACUUCAGCAAACUUUGAUACAUCUAAUAAAGAAUGAUGCAAAUUUUCUUAAUACUCUACAUGAAGUCUAUUUACAAGUCUUGACCAAGGAUACUGACAGCAUCAACCUAUAACUGCAAUGAAUUGAAUCCUACUGACCACCUAUUUGCUUCAGAAACAUGCCUCUUCUGUACAACUCUUAUAUUUUAAAAACUUUUUUUUUGAGAUUGUGAAGUCUUUUUAAGCCUCCAAGGAAUACUGUUCCUUAGAAAUAUUGUAUAAAUAAUGUUCUAAGAAAUGGUGUGGUUUCACUGUGACCAUUUACCAGCAGGAUUUUAUUUCUGUAUGGAAAUACGGUCUUAUGUUUAACAGCACAUUUUUCUUAUUUUUUGAGCAGUGUCAAAUAGUUGAUAUAAUUCUUUACCAUAUACACCCUGAAUAUUCAGGAUAACUAGACGAAGAACAUCAACAGUUUUGAAACCAGCUUCAAAUUUAAGGAGCCAUGGAAGAAUUUAAGAGGAUAUUUCUAAGGCUUUAUGAAGAAAUGGACAUGCAGUAUAACAUUUCUGCUUUUAGCCUUAACAUAGUAACAGGAUAACCUCUGGGUCCUAUCAAUCAUAAAUUGGUUUGUAUGCAGAAUACGCAUUACUUUUACUAGGAAUAUAUGAAAUAUGAUUUCCUUUGAACAACAUUUUUGAAAACUAUUUCAGUGGAAUAUCAUUUUUUUUUUCCUAUCCAGGUCAAAUGCCAAUUUUGGUAUAGAUUUUCCUGUAGAAAGGUUGAAGUGUUUCUAGAUAAGCUGUUGUUCAGAAUAGUAUUAAGAACUCUCCCUGAACUUGCAUUAUAUACUGCUGUAAAGAUCAAACUUCUUCCCAAAAUAAGUCAGAAUCUGAUCUGUUUUAUAUGCUGCUAUUGGUCUUUUGUGAUUUCUAUUUAUUUCGUUCUAGCAUGUUACAGUAGCUAGCAAUACUUAAGUGAUAACAUAUACUCAAUUUACUCAAGCAAUAGCAAUGUAAAGGAUAGCAUUUUUAAAAUUAUGUCUUUGUUUUAUAUUGUGAAACGUAAUUUUGUAGUCAGUUUAGCCAUUCAAGUUGCACUGCUUUUUCAAAGCAUGGUUGAAAUGGAGGAAGAGCAUAGUCUUCGCUCUGUAUAUUAUGGUAUAUUUCUGUGAAGCCAUUAAAAAAGGUAGGGCUGGGGGGAAAAAAGUAUAGCCUACUAUAUAAGCCCCAUUGUGUCAAGAGAAUCUGUAACAAAGUUCUGGAGUAAAUUUUACUGGUUACUCUCAAAGUGUGUGAUAAUGAAGAUGGCAUCAUUAUCCAGUUGACAUUUCUAAUUCAUCAUUGACGUUUUGAUUAUUGUGACUUCAUCACAAAUCAGUGUUUUUGAUAUAAACAGUGUGUUGAUUUUUUUUUAACCAAUCAAUAUGUAUACUUAGAUUUUGAGUGAUUUUAGGUAGAAGUUUUUAUGUUUAGCAAACUCUGCCUUCUGAAAGAACCUCUUCAGCCUUUGAAAGUCUUUCUAAUAACAAAGUAUUUUAUAUUGGUUAUAUGUACAAAAUUCAGGGAAAUAUGUGUAUAGUGACACAUAUUUGACAGGCUUUAAUAGUGAAACUCAAAAGUAUCUUUUCAGGCUUCGUAGACUUUUUAUAGAAAACCAGAGCGCUCUCUGCUUGUACACUGGAUCUGUUGUAGCACACCCAUAUACGUAUACCAACAAGUUUGCUUAGUACACCAUUCUUCCAUAUAUAAUUACAGGCUAUUGUCAGACUAUUAAAACUGAAUUUUGUUACCGUGUUUUUUUUAUUGACAAGAAAGAAAUACGCAGUCAUGAAUUUAUUGUAGAAAAAAAAAUCCUCAGCCAUAAAUGUGAGAUUUGCAGUGAUGAAGCAUAUGAAGUAUGAUAACAGUGAAUGCAAGUAUUAUAUUAAAGAUAUUUUACCUUGAAUAUAAAGAUAUAUAGAAAAGGUUUCCUUGACAUUGAAUGUACUUUAAGUUCCUUGGUCUCCAAGAAUUAAUAAGAAAAGGAAUAUUGCAUUAAACAGCAAAGAUAUAUCUAGGUAUUUGCUGCAAUAAAAAAAAAUUUUAUUCUCAUUUGCUAUUUUGUCUUGAAAAGCAGUGCAAAAGUUAGUUUAUGGCAAUUCUCAAUCUUUAGGACAGGGGUUCUCAACCUUGGCAACUUUAAGACUUGUGGACUUCAACUCCCAGAAUUCCUCA